AUGUCCCACAACGGCAACAUAGACGGUGCAAACCACACACACGCCAUCCAAAUCGACACAGACUCAUCAGCCUCAGAUCAAGGCGAAGUCUUCCACGAAUUCGACUCAGACUCAGAUGGCGGCAUGCAAAUCGACCAGCCCGAACCCAUCCUCCAGAUUGCCGGUAGCGAGAUCGAGUUUGAUGCCCAGGUCAUGGGUCUAGGCCGGGAUGAAUCUAACUUCACAACACACGCCCCAAACCCAGAUUCCAUCUCCAUAUCCCCACGUCCAGCAGGUCACAGACCAAGAGAAAUAUUCCCACCCGCGCGCAAACGCAUCCGAGAAGAAGACCACGCCGCUCUGACCGUUCUGAAUGACUGGGAGUUACUAGUUACAUACGCUAUAAACUCUCGCCGCACAAUCCCACAAACCCGCCGCUUCUUCAUGGCAAAAUUAAUCGCGGAGACCCAAGACUCCGAGGACGAGCUGUACGCAGCGCGGUUCGUUGUUCCUGAAGCGAAAUCGGAGCUUUUAUCUGCUGUUUCAGCGGGCAGGGUUCCGCCCGUUCAUGCGCUUGGGGAUUUGAAUGAAAAUGCGUUUUUGGUUCCGGGGGCUUGGAAGGAGGUUUUGAGUCAUGAUCAGAGUGGGUGGUGGGCUGGGGCGAGGAGGUCGGGGUCUAGAUCUGGGUCUGGAUCUGGACUGAGGGGGCAGAAGAGGUCUGUUUCUGGGAGGAGCUCGGGGAUGAGUUCAAGAGAUGUGUCCAGGGAUGGGUCGGGUGUUGAAUGA